AUUCCAGGGUCCUGUCAGGAACAAAAGCAAAGCACGUAUCUCUCCGGACUAUCGGCUCUAUCCCCAAUCAAUUCAGGUCCAACUUUCCACUAUCGCUCACAAUGGUCAAUAAAUACAGCAUCACGGUCCAGAACCAGUCUGGUUCCCAGCAGCAGUAUGUCCUCUUCAACAAGCCUCCAAUGGUCAGUGGCAGAGUCCAGGGCCAAAUUUGGUCCAACGUCUUUGCGCAUGGGAACACCCCUAGAGGCUCUAGAGCGACAUUUUCAGUCUUCAGCCAGUACUAUGCCAUCGUUGCAACUUCCCAGGGCAGCCCUUCAACGGGUGUUGAGAUCGAUGUAACCAGUGAAAGAGAUGUCAUCCUCGGUUCUCUCAAGGACGACGGAACCGCCGUUCCAGGCACCACUCUGCAGCUUAUUGUUGCAAAAGACGCACCACAAUUCAGCGACACUCCUCUUCCUAACAGCUCCUUCUCAAAUGCCUUUGAAAUCCAAACCGGCAAUGACUUUACCGUUGCCCAAGCCAAGCAGGGAAAUUACCUUAUCGGUCUUGGGGGUUCCAGGACUGGCAAUAGCCAGGAUGGACCUUUGGCUACUUUCGUUCCCGAGCCCCGUGUACGAUACCAAAUCCAGCCUUCCAACACCUACUACCUCACAGUUGGCAACUACAACAAAGGGGAAAUCAUUGAUGUGAGCAGGAUUGGAGGCAGCAUCGCGACUAUUGACUUCACUAGGCUGCGCUCUAACAACGUGGUCAUCGUUCACGACGACCACGGCAGACUUAAUAUCCAGGCCCAGGAAUAAGGGAUUCAAUCUAGCUAUCUUAGAACAUCGCAGAUGUAUUUGGUAGAAUCAGUCGAUUAAGUGGCUGUUUAGGGU